AUGAUAUCUAUGCCAUAUACCAUAUCCAUUGAUAAUACUCGAACAAUCGAACCAAAAAAUGGCGAUGAAAAAUAUACGGUUUAUCAAGUGACUGUACGCGGUGGUCCAAUUCCUACAUUUCAUACUAUGGAUCGUCGCUAUCGUGAAUUUGAGUCACUACAUACACGUUUAUCAUCAAAUAUAGCUGUUCCACAAUUACCACGAAAAGUUUUAUUACAUCGUCGUAGUGCAAAAUUAGUUGAACAACGACGACAGUUACUAGAAGUUUAUCUAAAUGACGUACUAAAACGAUGUCAACAACAAACGGUCAUGCCAGAAGAAUUAGGGCGAUUUUUACAAAUUCCACCGUAUGAUGAUGAAAAUCAAUUAAAUCAAAAAGAUCGACUUGAACAAGAUUCAUAUGAUGACGAAAUGAAAAAUGUCCUUGAACAUGCACCAUGCAUUUCUAUCAGUGACUAUUAUCCAUGGAAUAAUGAUAAUCGAGAGCUUAUUGUUGAUUCUAUAAUUUCGGGUUUAAUGUGUUCGAUGUAUGAUAUGUGA